AGAUGACUUAAACGGAAGUGACGUUCCCGCGCUGCUGCUGCUGUACCCGGAAGUGAACAGGAAUGAAGAGAGAAGGACAGUGAAAGCAGCUAAAGAUAGGCGAGAAGACGGACUGAGCUGCUUUAUACUCGUUUUACACCCGAGAUCAGCUGUACCGCCUGUACGCCGUUCGUUUACCGUAGUGCUGCAGCAACGCUAGCUGUUGCAGCUUCUCUGUUAGCAUAUCCGCUAAAGCAACACAGCACCGCAAAUGAAGAGAUUAAACACAUAUAAAGACAAUAAGACAUAAACACUGAGGAGAAACACAAGCUGUGUCUGUAAAGCAUCUGUUGGCAGCAGCUGGAGAGUCGAUGCUAAUGCACUUUAUCAGGACGGAGAGUUCAGCGUUCACAAUACUGCUGUGAUUCGCAAAUGUCCACCUCUGAUCUUCUGCAAUGCUGGACAUGCUGAAGACCCCCGGUGGUAGUGUUUCCUUUGUAAAUAUGAGACGGAUGAUAAAUGCAAUGCACGCAUGUCUAAGUCUGCUGCCGCCCUGAAGCUCGUGAUGGAUCUUUUAAGCGUGAAGGAGUGAAUGUUCAGGUAUUUGAGCAAGAUGGAAGCGGAUAUGGCUGUACACUGGGAUACAGUAGAGGAAAACACUGACCGUGAGACUCCCAGUGUGUCUUUGGCCAGUUCGUAUCUUGAAAACGACACGCAUCACGGACCCUUCGAGUGUGAACAUGAAGCAAUGGACGAUUUCGAUUGCGAAUUCCCAGAUGAAGACUUUGAUUUAGAUGAGAAUGAAGAACAAAACGCCAAAACCGAAGAUCUGAUUGACAAUCAAGCGGAGGAUGAGGAGAAAUCGGAUGAGUUACGGGACGAAGGAGAAACUAAAUCCCGGAAUGCUGGAUCCGGGAGGAAGGGAAAGUCCAAGAAGAGCGGAUUGGGGACGGGAUUUUAUGAUCAAACCCAAUCUUGGACAUCAUCAUCCUCAUCAUCCAUGCCUCAUAAAUCCUUCCUUGCAUCCAGCAGACAUAAGCAGGUGAGACGACGCAACCACCAUCUGCACAAUCACAGCCGCGUGCGCAGGAAAAACGGGAUCCCGCUGGUCAUGGUGUGUCGGGAUUUCCUGUCGGAUUUCGUCAGUCCUUGGUGCAUCUCCUGCAUUCAUAUGUUCGUAGAGCUCAUUAUUUCUCUGACGCACCGCUGUGGCCUCCUGGUGGAGUCGUCUGGAAUUGCACUGUACGAUUUUGGCACUCAAAUGCUUUCUAAGGUCACCGAUAUUCCAGGCUUGACGCAGGACAUGAGGCGGAUCGUGGACUGGAGCCGGUGUUGGACUGUAGCUUUAAUUGACGGGAUCGUCCGGUCUACUUGUAAAGCUCGAAACUCUCUUCUUUCCACUUUAGGAUUUGUCAGAGUAGCUCUAAGCGCAGGAUCUCAGAUGAUGAAGUGUGUUGUUGGAAGGCUGGCGGGAGAGAGGGGACGGAAAUGGUGGCUUGCGUUUCAGAGCAGCAGGAUUUGGAGGAAAGUCUCGGAUCUGUGUGUGAGGAUUCGUGGCUGGCGCUUUAAACGAGGCGCUGGGAGCGAAAACUCAAAUCCAGAGUCUCCUAACAGGGGAGCAGAGAAGUGGCAACCUGGUGAGGAGCUGCAGAGGCUGCUGGCACUGGCCAAGAUCCCUGAAGAGGAGUUGGACCCGUUUAAUGUUCUGGGAGUGGAUGUUCAUGCCACUGAGUCUGAGCUGAAGAGAGCGUACAGACAGCUGGCGGUGCAGGUUCAUCCUGACAAAAACAAGCACCCGGGGGCUGGAGAGGCGUUCAAGGUGUUGAGAGCAGCGUGGGACAUCGUCAGCAAUCCAGAGACGCGGAGAGAGUAUGAACUGAAGCGAAUGGCAGCUACGGAGCUUUCCAAAUCCAUGAACGAGUUCCUGACCAAACUACAGGACGACCUGAAGGAAGCCAUGAACACCAUGAUGUGCACUAAAUGUGAAGGCAAGCACAAGCGCUUUGAGAUGGACCGAGAGCCCGGCGAGGCUCGAUUCUGUGCUGAAUGUAAUAAAUGGCACGGUGCCGAGGAGGGAGACCUGUGGGCCGAGUCCAGCAUGCUGGGACUGCGCAUUACAUUCUUCGCAUUCAUGGACGGAAAAGUCUUUGACAUCACUGAGUGGGCAGGCUGUCAGCGGAUCAGCAUCUCUCCAGACACACACCGAGUGCCGUAUCACAUCUCCUUCGGCUCUAAAGGUAGCAGUGGGCCCAGCCGCCACAGAUCAUCCUCAGAUCACGCAGCAGGCGGGGGUUCUCCAGCAGACCUGCAGGAUUUCUUCAACCGCUUCUUCCAGACUGGCUCUCCCAGUGACGCGUCUGCAAACGGAGGAUUCUUCCCCGCAGGAAACCCUCCUCAUCACGGCCCCGGACCCUCCGCUGGAGCUCCUCCCAUGUUUUCAGGAUCUCCUCCUCAGCCGGGCUUUUUCAGCGCCGGGGCUCAGCGUAGCGAUGCUAGCGAACACUGGACUGAAGGAGCAAAACCUCCACGCCGCCGCAAGAAAGUGCGCAAACCGUUCCAGCGCUGAAAUGCGGAGAAAAACACACAGAUGCAGCGGCGUGUGUGUUUUCGCACAUGAGAGAACCACACCAGGAGACCGUCUCCUGAUUCAGUGUUGGUGCUUUUCAAGCUUCCUGAUGAUGAAACCACAACAUGGAGAUUCGCAGAGGAGCGAGCAGAGAAGCGCUGGUUAAUGACGGACGUUUCCUGCUUUUUUUGUUAUCUCUCGUCACAGAUUAACCUGCAUUUGCAUUCGCAGAAGGACUCCUGAAUGAUUUCCUGUGGUCGAUCUGAAGAAUAUGUUGACAAAUGACAUUAUUUAAAGGGAUAGUUCACCCAAAUAUGCAUUUCUGUCAUCGUUUGUUCACACUAUACUCGUUUCAAACCUUUCUUCUGUUGAACACAAAAGAAGACGUUUUGAAGAAUGUUGGAAACCGGUAACCAUUGACUUCCAUGGUGUUUGUUUUCCUACUAUAAAAGCCAAUGGUUACAGGUUUUUAACAUUCUUCAAAAUAUCUUCUUUUGUGUUUAAAAGAAGAAAUAAUCUCAAAAGAGUUUAAAACCACACAGGGGUGAGUAAAUAGUUUGUGUGGUUAUCUUUAAAGAGACAGUUCACCUAAAAGUGAAACGUUUCAUAUAUAUUCACACUCAAGUGAGAUUCGUUCUUCUGUUGAACACCAAAGAUGAUGUUUUGAAGAAUGUUGGAAACUGGUAACCAUUGACUUCCAUAGUAUUUGUUUUUCCUACUAUGAAAGCCAAUGGUUACAGGUUUCCAACAUUCUUCAAAAUAUCUUCUUUUGUGUUUAACAGAAGAAAUAAUCGCAUAAGGGUUUGAAAUCACACAGGAGUGAGUAUUAUUACCUUUAAAGGGUCAGUUCACCUAAAAGUAAAAUAUUCCACAUAUAUUCACACUCAAGUGAGUUUCUCCUGUUGAACACAAAAGAAGUUGUUUUGAAGAAUGUUGGAAACCGGUAACCAUUGACUUCCAUGGUAUUUGUUUUUCCUACUAUGAAAGCCAAUGGUUACAGGUUUUCAACAUUCUUCAAAAUCUCUUCUUUUGUGUUUAGCAGAAGAAAUAAUCUCAUAAGGGUUUAAACCCACACAGGGGUGAGUAAAUAAUGAGUGUUAUUAUCUUUAAAGGGUCAGUUCACCUAAAAGUGAAACGUUCCAUGUUUAUUUACACUCAAGUGAGAUUCGUUCUUCUGUUGAACACAAAGGAAGAUGUUUUGAAGAACGUUGGAAAUCGGUAACUAUUGACUUCCAUGGUGUUUGUUUUUGCUGCUAUGAAAGUUGGUGGUUACUGGUGUUCAUCUUUCUUUCAGUGUUCAACAGAUGAAUGAAAACUAGGUUUGCAAUCACUAGAGGGAGAGUGUGUAGUGAGUAAAUUACAUUUUUGUUUGUGUGAACUAUCCCUUUAAAGGAACAGUUCACCUAGUAGUUAACAUUUGUUGUCACUCUCAAGUGAGUUUCUUCUCUUCUGUUGAACUUAAAAGAAGAUGUUUUGAAGAAUGUUUGAAACCGGUAACCCUUGACUUAGUAGGAAAAGCAAACACUAUAUAAGUCAAUGGUUACUGGUUUUUAGCUUUCUUUAAAACGUCUUAUUUAGUGUUCAACUGAAGACAAAAAUUAUUUGCAACCACUAGAGGGAGAGUGUGCAGCGAGUAAAUAACAUUUUAAAUCCCUUCAAAGAGACAGUUCACCUUAAAGUGAAAAUGUCCUUAUUAAUUCACACUUAAGAUUAUUUCUUCUAUUGAACACAAAAGAAGAUGUUUUGAAGAAUGUUGGAUGUCAAUUGAAAGUGUACUGGUUGCAAACCUUUGAGUUUUCUUCUGUUGAACAUCAAGAUAUUUUGAAGAAAGUUAAAAACUGCUAACUACUGAUUUUCAUAGUAGCAAAACCAAACACUAUAGAAGUCAAUGGUUACCGGUUUUCAUUUUUUUCAAAAUAUCUUAUUUAGUGUUCAACUACAAACAAAAAUACCCUGCAACCAUUAGAGAGAGAGUGUAGCGAGUAAAUUAAAAUAGUAAAUCCCUUUAAAGGGACAGUUCACCUAAAAGGGAAACUUUCCUUAUUGUUUCACUUAAGUGAGAUUCUUUACAUGUUGAACACAAAAGAAGAUGUUUUAAAAAAUGUUGGAAGCAAUUGAAAAUCGAGUGCAAACCUUUGAGUUUUCUUACUUCUGUUGAACACUGUGAUGUUAAUAAAAGUUAAAUACCAGUAACCAAUUCCAUAGUAUGAGAAACAAAUAUUAUGGAAGUCAAUGGUUACAGGUUUUCAAACCCUUUUUUUUUUCUUCUUUUGAACACAAAAGAAGUUAUUUUAAAGAAUAUUUUAAACACGUAACUUCCGUAGUAGGAAAACAAACACUAUGGAAGUCAGUGGUUACCACUUUUCAACAUUCUUCAAAGCAUCUUCUUUUGUGCUCAACAGAGGAAAUAAAACAAGAAAAGAAAGAAUAAAUGAUGGCAUUUCCUUUUAGAAACCUUAGAAAAAACAUCAGCAGUAAUUAACCUGUGCUUUAAUAUCCUGUGCAUUUCAGAUCAUUCUCAGAUCUACAAAAAAACGGUACCCAUUGACUUCCAUAGUAAGAAAAACAAACACUAUAGAAGUCAAUGGUUACCGUUUUUUUUUUUUUUUUUGCUUUCUUCAAAAUAUCUUAUUUAGUGUUCAACUGAAGAAUAAAAUACUUUGCAACCACCAGAGGGAGAGUGUGUAGCCAGUAAAUUUCAAAUUUAAAUCCCUUUAAAGAGACAGUUCACCUAAAAGUGAAAAUGUCCUUAUAGUUUCACACUCAAGUGAGAUUAUUUCCUUUGUUGAAUACAAAAGAAGAUGUUUUGAAGAAUGUUGAUUGUAAUCUAGUGGCUGCAAACCCUUAUGAGUUUUCUUUUUUCAGUUGAACUCUGAAUAAUAUGUUGAAGAAAGUUAAAAACCUGUAACCAUUGACUUCUGUAGUGCUUGUUUUCCUGUUAUGAAAGUCGAUGGUUACUGGUUUUCAGCUUUCUUCAAAAUAUCUUAGUGUUCAACAGAAGAAAAAAAAUUCAUAAAUGCUUUCAACCGCUAGAGGGAGAGUACCGAGUGAGUAAUUUACAAGAAGAACUUUCUCUUUAAAAGGACAUUUCACUUAAUAAAAAAAUUCAAAAUC